ACGAACAAUCGCUAGCCAGUAGCGUCGUCGCCUCCGCUCCAGGCUGUGCUGAAGUUUCGCAGUAGGGAUACAAUCACGUUGGGACAACGUAGUUCGUUGUGGUCUCGUCCAUCGAGCAACUGGUUUAGGCGGUGAGAGUGAUUUACAAGGCUGCGAUCUAUUAUACAUUAUGUCGCGAAGCUCUCGCGGCCCACCAAAUAUCCACGGGAUGGUGUCCCUAAAAGUGGACAACCUUACCUACCGCACGACAAUUGAGGAUCUUAAACGUGUCUUCAGGAAAUAUGGCGAUGUCGGUGAUGUCUACAUUCCGCGCAAUCCUCGAAACAACGAAUCUCGGGGCUUUGCUUUCGUUAGGUUCUACAGCCGACGUGAUGCUGAAGAAGCCAUGGAUUGUCUUGAUGGGUACAGACUCGACGGCCGUGAGCUCCGUAUUGCAAUGGCCAAAUAUGCACGCCCCGGUGGCAGGGGUGGUCGCGAAAGGUCGCGUUCCAGAGAUCGGCAUCGUCGACGCAGCAGAACACGCUCCCGCUCUCGAGACAGACGGUCUCGCUCCCGUUCGCAUAGGCGUCGAUCGCGCUCAGAUUCUAGAUCGAGGCGGUCCACGUCAAAGGACGACGACCGCCAUGAUCGGAAGUCUCGCUCUAGGGACAGAGACGCGUCUAUUGACCGAGAUCGUGACAAUGACCGUGACCGUUCUAGGGAACGAUCCAGGGAUCGCGAUGAUUCACGGGACAGGGAUAGAUCGAGGGAUCGUGACGAAUCUCGGGAUAGAGAUCGCGACGCGUCCAGGGACAGAAGUCGGUCACCUCGAAGCCGGGAGAGGGAUCACGGCUCUGAAGAGCGCAACGGAAGUGGUCAUCAUUCUUCAGAGGGAUCUCGCGAUGGACGAGAUGACUGAGAAAUGUCGAUCCACUUUUUACCUAAGAAAGAAGAGCAAGGGGGCAGAAAUCGCUUUAUUUUAGCGAUGUCGAUACCACACAAUCACGUACAGAAGGAAGCCCAUACACACGUACACGAUCAUGUUGUCAUGGAAACCCAGAAGUUUGAUUAGAGAUAGUUAUAUCGGUUGGAGGAAUCGAUGAUAGGAAAGAAGAUAGGGUGAGGAAGAAAAAGAAUCGAAGUAAGUUUCUUUAUACGAGCAGUUGAGGACUGAUCGGUUGUUCGAGAUAUUUUGUAUUAAUGUCAAAACGGGUGACGACAGACGUCGAGACGCGAGACGCAGUCAAUGGAAUGACUGCUGCAGCUGUCCGUGGUGUUGAAGCGGCGGCGGUCGUCUGGCGUGUGUUGGCGUCGUGCGCUGCAUGCUGCUGAAUGGUGGUUGCUGGUGAUGAAAUAGUACCAACAGCUGAACAGUCGUAGCAGAUUGUAGCAGAAUUGCAGGCGAUGGAAACCAGCAACCCACCUAACUUGAGGGCGUUUGCUGACGUGUGUGUACCUGAGGGCCAGCACAGCUGAGCUGAUUACAAAACAGGGAAAAAGAAAGAAAGCGAGAGAAAGAGGACCCGCAGGGGCUAUCUUUUUGAACCACAGGAGAACCAUGCCUGCUGGGAAGUGACGCGCUUCCACUAGAUGCUGCGCGUAAAACUGUGCGGGUCGACAGCGAUGGAGUGUCACGAUAGGAGUGGAGGAGCCGAGUGAGGUGCUGAAACUGUCGCUGCUUCGUUUUCGAGCUCCUGCUCACCGUUGCUGCUUUGAUUACGAGCCUCAUCGAGCUUGCUGAAAUCUGUCCGACGACACUUGUCGCGUUGGCGUGUCCAGAUGAAAUCCGAAUACUGGCAGCCUGCAACAUCCGACCGGGUCUAGCGGAUAACAGCAGCAAAAGGUGGUUGUUUCAGGCAGGGCGUAUCUGGAUUCACGCUUCGUUGAGGGGAGGCCGUCAUCCAAAGGUCUUGCGCGGUAGUCCGGUCAACGCGUUUCGAGUUGUUGCUCUGUUUUUGGGACCGAUUAGGUUCUAGGAGAAGAAUGCUUCUUUGUGGGGUUGGUUUUGUGUGGGCUUGGCAGGUACGAAGAGAAGUGUAUAUCCAGAGCUACUGCGGCAGAGAAGACGGUUCGAUGUUUCUGGACAGAAAGCAGUUGGAAGCUGGUGCGGCGAGGCGCCAAUUUGUCUCGAUCUUGCGGUGGCGUGGUGAAGAUGACGGAGACGGCGUGAUCGGGUUCGUGCUGGUGAGGGCAGUUCUUCGGUUGGGGGAACCUGUUGCUGCUGCUGCUGCUGUUAAAGUUGGGCGUCGCUGCAGUUCCUGCUCUUGCCGUCUACGACGGUGACGCAGAGAUUCUAUGCGGAUCGCAGAUCCUACUACGCGUGGCUUGCUGCCGUUGGUACAACUGUAUUAUAGCGGAGUUACGAUGGUGUGACCUUAAUGGAGUUAAUGGCACACCAGGUGCCACUAACCAGUGCGAUUGGGUGCGAAUUCAACUUAGCUGCGGCUUCGGGCGAGCUUACGCCGUCGAACGAGUCUCGCGCCAGUUUCCUGAUAAUCGCAUUACGCACUACUGUGCCGGCACUUCUGUGUUUGAACAGUGUGUGCUCUUUAGUCUAGCAAAAUUAUCAUAACAAAAAAUCGUGUUAGAAAACGAUUUUCAGAGGGCAUUUUUUUCUAGCUUUAUUUGUUGAUGUGUUUUUCUUCUAUGAUAAAAAGUAGAGGUAUCGCGAUGCUGUCCUUUAAUAUGAAUGCACGCAACUAUUUAGCAUUUUCAUAGACGCUCAAAGUAACCAUGUAGAGAAAAAAAGCACAGGCAAGGAGCUCUGUGUUUUGCAGACGACUUUUACUUAUGGCUAGUGAUUUUUUCUUCUUAAAAGGAAGUCUUGGUUUUUCGCUCGUAAGAAGUAUGAACUUCGCAGGUCGUGACAAUUAACCGCUAUUCGUAACAAAACUAGCUUACUGGCCUGUGUUUAGCAGGCGAACACCAGAUUCAUUCGUUUCUAAGUUUUGAAAUUUUUACAGGUUCCGCGGCGUGACCAUUAUAUGCAUCAUUUAUUGUAUUUACAUUGAAGAAUGGAAGAGACUCGUCGAAAGGUAAAAAUCAAGACUAUAAUUAGCGGGAACUUAUUAUAAAUAGAUGUCGCACGAAAAAUCCGAAGUGUAAAAUAGACCACAUGUACCAAUAGUCAUAUUAUAAUAAUAAAUCAUAUUUAUGAAAGA